AUGUACAUGGCCCAUACCUUUCGACGUUGUCGUGGCGGAUGUCACACACGCCCUCCGACCGUUCCGCCUUUGCGUCUUUUGUGUCUUUUCUUCUCCUCGCAGAAGCCCAACGCGCCGUUGAACCUGUUCGAGAUCGACUUGAAACCAUUCGAGGCGUCAGUCCCGUCCACGGAAAAGCUCACUUUGGAUGACGCGAAACGGGCAUUGGCAUUGCAACAGACGGACGCGCAGCACGAAAUUGAUGGGUUGCAUGAUGAGAUGUCGGCGCUCUUCGGAGAAGAAGUGGCGGAGUACGAGGAAGAGAGAUUAGCGCCAAGUACGGAUGAGAAUGCAAAGAAGAUCGUGCAGAAUGGAGUAUGGACGAAGGAUCACGCGGUGAUUCCGUCGAGCAGGGGCCUUGCUGCUGGAGCCAGGGUCGCGUGUGGUACGCAGCAGAGAGAGCGAUGCCAGCUGCCGACUUCAGGGUUCAUGAGUGCUGACGUCAUGUCAACAAAAGAAAAGGCCACAAGUGGACGGAAGGUUGUCGCGCGUAGCGGCGGCUUGGUUGGGGCUGGACCGGUGGACGUGCUCUUGCUCCAUGGUCCAUGCAGCUUUGUUCGGGAUGUUUGGACUGUAGGUGACGUGAAGAAGGCAGAGCUGUGGCAGCAGAUUCACGAACUUGCUGACGAUCUCAAGAUUGUGGUCGAGAGUCGCAAUUACAACUCCGAGAAAAGGAUUUUGGAAAGCUUACUCGAAGCACAGAAAGACCAAGUGAUCGUGUUGUACUGGAACAUUAGUUUGAGCAAGUCACCGUUCAUUGUUCGGGCUCUCGAGCUCAUCCAGUCCAAGACGAUUAUAGUGAGCCCUGGCAACAUCGAGCAUGGACCGUUACCCGCAAGCGUUGUCGGUGUGCUGUCAGGCUUUCGACAACUGAGCUUAUCGCUAGCAUUCCAUGCUGCUGCAAAACUCCUGGUGGCGAAUGCCAGAGAGGGGCGAUAA